AUGGCGUCGAUGUUCAAGAUUGCUUUUCUCGGUUCGGCAUUAACAAUUAUGUUAUUAUAUGUUUGCAGUCGACGAAAUCCAUACGUUUUCAUGAACUUUCUUGGUUUGUUUAAUGUUCAAGCAUCUCAUUUGCCAUGGAUACUGUAUGGUUUUUCGGUAUUACUCGAUGAUCCCAUUACUGCUGAUUUAAUGGGAAUUAUUAUUGGUCAUAUUUAUUAUUUUCUUGAAGAUGUAUUUCCACAUAGACGUGGUGGUUUUAAAAUAUUAAAAACUCCUAAAUUUUUACAUCGGCUACUUAAUCAACCUACGCACUAUCACGAUGACAACGAUACACGCCGACAUAUCGAAAAUUAG